AUCAUACCUGAAACCAAAGAAAUAAUACCUGGAACAGAAGAAAUAAUAUCUGGAACAGAAGAAAUAAUACCUGGAACAGAAGAAAUAAUAUCUGGAUUAGAAGAAAUAAUACCCGAAACCGACGAAAAGAUACCUGUAACCAAUGAAAUACAAUCUGGAACAUCAGAAAUAACACCUGGAACAGCAGAUGUAAUACCCGGAACAAGAGAAAUGCGACCGGGAACAGAAGAAAUAAUACCGGGAACAGAAGUACCUGGAAAAUAA